AUGCGUGAAUGCAAAGCCCACCAGUCACGACAAGACGUUGCGAAAGAUGCGCAAGCAUUGGAAAAAAGGGGUUUCUUCCAGGUGAUCAACCAUGAGGUCCCUGAGAGCCUCUUGGAGGAGAUAUAUGUUUUUGCUUCGUGGGACUGGAGCCUCCCCAGCACGAGGAGUUGCCCGAAGCUUGCAGGUGUUGAACACUCAGGAAAUGAAAGUGCCCAGUACUUCGUUCAGUCGGCCAAGCUCAUAACAAACGACCGGUUUGAGAGUGUUGAGAACCGAAUCAUGGCAAACAAGAGAGACCCAACAGUGUUGGUGGCGUGCUUCUUCGGCGACACUCCCCGACCAUCUUCACGAUUGUAUGGGCCCAUGAAGGAAUUAACAUCAGCAGACAACCCACCAAUCUACGAGGAGACUACGCUCCCAAACUACACUGCCCAUUACAUUUCCAAAGGCCUGUACGGAGCUUCUGCACUUCCUGAUUUCAAGCUGUAG